GUCCACCACCCACCGCCGGAGUGAAUCAGCAGCAGAAAAGAUGAUGAGGGACGUGUCGAGCUGCAACACGUACGAUUACGGAGACGCCCAACACUGGGACGCCCGCUACGUCCAAGAAGGUGACUCCUUAUUCGACUGGUACCAGCGCUACUCUGCUCUCUGCCCUUUCAUCCGCAACUUCAUUCCCCUCACCUCCUCUCCUGUUCUCGUCGUCGGCUCCGGCAAUGCCGUUAUGUCGGAGGACAUGGCGAAAGAUGGAUAUGAAGACAUAAUGAACAUUGACAUCUCAUCAGUGGCUAUCCCUCAGUUGAAAUACAAGCAAAUGGAUGCGAGGGAUAUGAGCUUCUUCCCAGAUGAAUCCUUUGACGGUAUUAUUGAUAAAGGUACAGAGUCUGUUUAUUUGUUAUGGUUGAUUUUUAAAAUACACGGUAUCGUAUACUAAUGUUGUCUUCUAUGCCUUGAUAAU